AUGUCUGCCGAAGUUGCCGCUGAAACCGGUGCCGCCGCCGCUGCUGCUGCUACUGCCCCGCCGCCCGCCUCCAAGGCGAAGAAGCCGAGGACCCCCAAGGGAGACGGCAAACCGAAGGCCCAUCCGCCGGUGAACGAGAUGGUAGUUGCUGCUAUCCGAACCCUGAAGGAGCGCAACGGGUCCUCCCUGCAGGCCAUCAAGAAGUACAUUGCAGCCAACUACAAAUGCGAUGUCACCAAGCUGGCCCGGUUCGUCAAGAAGGCCCUGAAGAACGGCGUCGAGAAGGGCACGUUGGUCCAAACCAAGGGUACCGGCGCGUCCGGAUCGUUCAAGCUGAAGGCCGAGGCGAGGAAAACCACCGGCGAGAAGAAGAAGAAGAAGCAACCGAAGACGGCCGCCGAUGGGAAGAAACGCGAAAAGGGCGCCAAACGGGAGCAGCAGCAGCAGCAGCAAAAGCAGAAGAAGACGACGGCGGCGGCGGCAAAGAAACCAUCCGGCGAGGGGAAAGCCAAGAAGCCAGCCGCGGCGAAGAAAACCAUGGCCGCCACCACCAAGAAGCAGAAGAACUCCGGUAGCGUGAAACAGGCCGCUGCCCCGAAGCAGAAGGCCACCAAACCUUCCAAGACCGCUGCGACGAAGCCAAAGGCCCCGAAACCGAAGAAGGCUGCCCCGGCGGCUAAGGCGGCCUCGCCCAGGAAGAAGACCGCUGCCAAGAAGUAA